UGGAUUGGACGUCGCGUCGAGCGGCUGCGAGCAGUCCGGAAUUAUUCUCGGGAGAUUCGGGAAAAGGUGCAGCAGCCAUGGACUGGAGGGGGUUCGCGCUGGCAUUUCUGGUGAUCACAAUAACGAGGCACAGCGGCACGCACGCAGCCCAGAUACCUCAGCAGCCGUCGACGUCGACCGCGGCGAUAGCGAGCACCGUGCAGAUCGAGUGCGCGAGCGAAUCGAUAAUCGUUCACAUCUCGACGGAGGGCAACACGGACUUCCACGGUCUGGUCUAUCCGCGCGGCUUGUCGAAAAACAGUUCCUGUCUGCAGGAGUACAGAAGUCAGCCCGUGCCGAUCACCUACAAUCUGCCGCUCAGGUCCUGCAACACCAUGCCCACUGAACUGGGGGACGGUGGUAUCGAGUACUUCAACACCAUCGUGGUCCAGCCACACCUGAAGCUGGUCACGAACCAGGGCAGGGGUUUUCACGUGAGAUGCAGAUACCAGACGCGCGACAAAGUCGUAACGAACGAUCAGACCCAGGUGUCCAUGAUGCAGUCUCUGCCGUUGCAGGCGACCGCGCCAAUGCCGGGAUGCACGAUGAAGAUCUUCAGCGGCGAUCCAACGCAGCAUCAUGUGGCGGAGAAUGUGAAGAUCGGCGAUCCUUUGACCCUGGUCAUUAGCAUCGACAAACAAGAGAUGUUCGGCUUGAAGAUCUCCGAUUGCCUGGUGCGCGAUGGCCUCGGGUGGGGCGAGCAGCGGCUCAUAAACGACGACGGUUGCCCGAUCGACGGCGAGAUAAUGGGACAGUUCACUUACAACGAGGACAAAACGGAGGCCAGGGUGAACUUCCAGGCGCACAAGUUCCCGUAUACGGCGAGCGUGUAUUAUCAGUGCAACGUUAGACUGUGCGUCAAGCAUGGCGGAGGAUGCAGUAAUACGCCGCCGUUGUGCAAUUCGAUAGCCAGACGACGCAGGGACGCCGCGGGUGACGACGAGGUGAAGGGUGUCGAAGGCCUGGACGGCACCCCGGCCACAAUAGAGGUCUACAGUGGCCUUUACGUUAACGAGGCCUCGGACAUUGGCUCCAAGUCGGACUUCUCCGACGACGUCCUCCGAGAAAGGGCUAUUGACGACCCGAACACCAUCUGCAUAUCGCAGAGGAGUUUCGCUAUCGGGAUUGCUGUUGCCGGUCUCAUCCUCAUGCUGGCGGUGAUAGCCGCCAUCCUGGUGCUGCUCGCCAAGAGACGGCACAAGAGCGUAUCCACGACGGGAUCGUCCAUCUACAGCGGACCAUACACGAACACCGCUUACAGCCACAGUAGCUAAGUUCGCCUCGUUCGGCGCGGGAUUGAGAUACCCGAGACACCCCGGCUCCGAAGACAGCCGCGUCCCCGCGGCUUCUUCCCUCGCGGGAUCCGUAGCGACGCGUUGAUCUCGCGGCGGGUCUUCUCGGGCAGGCUCGAUCGACGAAACGAUUAAUUAGAUUUUUAGUUGCUUUCGACGCGAGGUCGAUUCCGAGGCGACGAUCGAAGCCACUGCGCGCCCGAGGUUCGACAGAGCGAAACGAACGAAACGCGGAUCUCUUGCUCAACUGUUGUACCCCCUUUCGACGUUUCGCACGACGGCCUCGGCGAUACUUCGAGGUAUUUAGGGAACUGACGAUAUAGUUCGAUCCUGGAUACCAAUCUUCUCUUCUCUUCCUCCCUCACAUCUUCCCUCGUCCUUUCGAACGGAAAUAUUUUACGACGGAUCUUCAUAGCUCAUAAAGCAGAAUAUGUAACGAAGAAUUCACGUAUAGUUUCAAUGACGCGAUAUCAACAAGUAUACUUGCUACGACACUUCUUCCUUCUUCCUCGGCCUAUCUCCGUCCACUUCUGGACUUGGGGCCUCUUCCAGGAGUCUCCACGUCUGUCGACAUGCUACGACAUUAUUAGAAUGAAAAUAAUACGAAGAAAAGGAAACAAAAUUCCUCGUGCAAUAAAAAUUGUAGCGCGUUACAGGCAAUAUUGUGGAAACAAAUUGUACAGUUACAGUCUUACAAAAGAAGAAAGAUGUGCUUUAUAUACAUCCGGUGCUCUUCCCUCGCAUUAUCGAGACCGGUCUCGAACACGAUCGCGAAUUUUUCGCCUCGAAAAUAAUUCCAAUUUGCUACUCCAACCAUGUUUGAGGUAGUAAUUAUUCCGUCCGAGCUAUGUACAUAUUGUUUUUAGCGAAACACCCUUACCGUUUGCUCCGAUCUACAUCUAAUGAAUCGACAUGGCUCAUUCCGUCGAGAGGUUGCAUCAUUCUAAUAUAUACAUAUAUAUAUACAUGUACUUCUAAUAUACUAUGCUGUACACUAGUCCGGUAUACACUGUCCUACCUAACACAUAUCUAUCGCACUAAACACAGUCGCGCGUACGCGAAGACAUCAAGUCGCGAUUGUCCCUCAACGAUUUAACACGAUUGUCGCGCGCGAACUCAUUCUAGCUAGCUUUAAGUCCAAGUCAACGCUACGCGUGAAACUCUUCUCAAAUAACUCAAUCAAAUACUCCGGUGAUCCCUGCGUGCGAUCGUUUCCGACGUCGAUAUUUCUGCGCUCUCCUCCGACGCGGUUUCCAACUUGAAACCCUCCCUCGGAUGAAAGACGAAUCUACAUUCGUGCGUGCAAACACUUGAAAUUAAUCACACACGUUGUGAUACGCGUAGAGAACAAUCCAGCAUUUCCGAAAAUAGCAGCAAAUUGUCAUAACUCAUUUUGUUUAAAUUGUUCUUGAGUAGACAAAUCAAUAGUAAUGAGAAAGACAGACUUGCUGAUUGCAUUAUGUACAAUGUAAUGGUAUCGCUGCGAAUGUACCGGCGGCAACGGCUCAAUUCUGAAAGCGUAAUCGGAAAUGCAUCUGCGGUGAAGCUUGAAGAAAAUCUAAUUAUAAAAGGACACAAUCAGAUCCGAUAUGUGUGCAUGUGUCGGUUAUUAUAAGCCUCCGAUAAAGCUGCGUGUGAACGAACCAUCGCCCGUCGUAAAGACGCAAGGGCAAUCUGUAAUUUCGUACACUGACAAAAAAAUUAUUUUAAACUAAGUAAAUAGAUUUACUCAAAAUUAUUUUUUUACUCAAGU